AUGUUGAUUAAGGAAAGUGGAAUGCAAGUACCCACUGUUAUCGAAAAAGGAGAAGCCAUCAUUGAUCAACGAGGGAGCUUAAGAGAGGGAGGCAUCGGCACUGGAGUGGAGAUGCCAUUGGGCCCCUACUAUUGCUAUUGCGAGCCUGAUGAGGCAUCUCAGGCUAUUUUGGGGGCCACUUUAGGCACUGAACUGGGCAGCAAUCUGGGCGCCACUUUGGGUGCUAAAUGGGGCAGUCUGGAUGCCACAUUAGGCGUUGAACUGGGUAGCAGUCCGGGCGCCACCUUGGGCGCUAAACAGGGUAGUCUGGGUGCUAGUUUAGGCGCUGAACUGAGCCAUCAAGCGCCAAAAGGCAAGGGUCCAGGUAAGCAAAGAAGAGCAAGAGGGAUGACGAGCUUGGAUGGGGAGGAGUUGGGCACCCUUGGCCAGGCGUUCCGAGGCCUGGGCCGCCCAGGCACUGGGCACUGA